CUGACAUCAUGAGGAAGCUUCUGGUUUGUGCUGUGCUUAUUGCACUUCUCACCAUCGGCACGGAGAGUAGCCGCCUCCCUAGGCAGGCUGAGGAGGAGGGUGAUGUGCCCGCCCCAGCUGAGGAGGAGGCUGUGGCUGCACCAGCAGAGGAGGAGCCCGUCCCAGCUGAGGAAGAGCCAGCAGCUCCGGCUGAGGACACCCCGCAUGCUGAAGAACAGGUUGCACCAGCUCCAGCUGAGGAGGCACCAGCCCCAGCUGAGGAGGACUCCAUAGUCGAAGCAGUUCACGAGGAGGCUGCACCAGCCCCAGCUGUCCCCGCUCCGAAGGGCACCGUGGCCAGAGUGAUGAACUCCCUCAGGUCCUACUAUGACACCGCCAUCAACACCGCCUCUGGAUACCUGGAGGCUAUUAGGGGCUUGAAACUGGAGGAGAAAGCCAAGAACCUGUAUGUGGAGACCACCACAGCUGUGAGGACCUAUGCUGGUGUUAUGCAGGACCAGCUGUACCACAUGAUCGGGGCUCACUAAAUUGACCAGGCCCUCAGGCUCCAAAGUCCCGAGGAUCACAGAUGAUUUCUGCUGCUACCUUGGGCUUGCUUCUCUCCCUUCGUCCAUAUCCUGUUUUGAGAACAUUCAUCUCGCCACGGCCAUCAACAAGCUCUCAACCCUGCCACUCACAGUUUCUCUACCAAACAGCAUUUUUGCAACUAGUUGCCAAACCUGCUCCAUUCUGGACUCACUGAAACAGCUGUAGUACUAUUGGAGUAAAUCGAUAGUGCCACCUUGUAGUGGGCCCAUGAUAACAGUGAGCGGUAGGAACAAAUAAGGUGUAACCACAGCCUAUCAAGGCUGUAGAAAUCAUUGGCAAAUGGCAUUUGUUCAUCUAAACUA